AUGACGACUUCACCAUCACUACCACCUUUAAUACCUCCACAUCAGUUAAAAGCCAAUCAUCGACAGUCAUUUUGUUCUUCAUCGGAUGAUGACGACAGCUUCAUGAUGGACGAGCAUAAAUUUUGGCAAGUUCACUCUAGUACACUGAUCAUUUCGCCUCCAUUGAAAUCACCUACCAAGAAGAGGGUUCCAUUAAACUUGGCCAGUCAAGUUAAACAGAUAUUAGGUUCAACCAUAGAUCAGGUGGAUGAAGAAAUCGAACAAGAAUGGAAUCAACGACCACGUACCUUUCUAUCUGAAUUUUAA